AUGAACCCCUCUGGGUCUCAGUCACAAUCUGGCCCAUCCGGCUCUUCUCUGCAAUCGAGCACGAUCCAAAUCUCAAUAGACGACCUACUCAAUCAGAUAGUGUCGAGUGACAAUCCUAGGGCCCUUGUCCAGAUCUUGAGAAAGGACGCGAAAGACUCGCUCCUCGUCCGUACUCUAGCAGAUGGGCAGGAUCCAUUGUCUUUGUUAGACGUGGAACGCCACACGCUCGGGUUCCUCUACAUCCUAACUGCGCGACUGCAGUCGAACGACCACGUAGCGCGAGCAUUCGAUUUCGUUCAGCCAUUCUGCGAUCGAUUUGAUCCAUUUCAGGCACGCCUUGCGCCUGAACGAGUGACACAGCUGGGCAAGGAGAUUGUGCGAGCGACGAAAGAGAAUCCAAAAGCUGCUCUCGGACCUCUCUACAAGCUAGUAACCAGGUAUCCUCCAUCUCUGUCACAUCUAACGACGUUACAUCCCCUAUUCCUGACGACAUGUGUCGCCACACGUCACUACACUGCUGCACUACCACUCCUAUUAGUGCCGAUUACAUUGAUAGACAUGGGGAUUUCCAACCUGCACUACAAUGACAACCUCAUUUACCACUACGCAGGCGGAGUCGCGCUUGCCGCGUUGAAGCGAUGGCGUGAGGCAGAAGAGUUUUUCGAGAUUUGCGCGAGUUCUCCAGCGCAGAUCCCCGCGGCGAUUCAGAUGGAGGCAUCGAAGAAACUCGUACUCGUACAGCUGAUCUUGUACGGAAAGACGGUUCCCCCACCGAAGUACACGAAUCCAGUUCUUCAGCGCACGCUCAAAAAUUCACCAUACGGUGCAUUUAUCAAGGCAUAUCCCCUCAAGAGGUCAAUACUGCAGGCCAUUACUGCGAAGGAGACCGAGAUCUUCAGCAAUGAGAAGAACCUGGGUCUUGUUCACCAGGCGAUUGAGCGUGCACCCCGCUGGCUGAUCAAGAAGCUCACAUCCACUUAUCUUACGCUGGGUCUUGCAGACAUUGCAAAAGAAGUCGGUAUAGACAGCGAGGACGAGCUUCGCGCCAUUUUAAUCAGCAUGAUAGAGUCGGAUGAGAUUGGCGCGAGUAUAUCCGCGGAUGGCACUGUGACAUUCUUCGACCCAGUCCCACAGGUUUCCAAAGAGGCUGUGGAUGAAAUGCUGAAGCAAGCUCAAGUUCAGGGCAAGAUGCUGCUUGACAUGGAGAGGUCUCUGAACGCAAACAAGGACUAUUUGACCAAGGCCAUCAAGCACAAAGACGAGGCAGGUUGGGGUCCCGAUGAAGAUAUGUUUGGGGGUGGUGGCCCAUCAGGAUGGGUAGAAGACUUUGCCUAA